CGUCUAGCAGCGUGCGGUCCGUCUCUCCUGCGAAGUCGGCCGUCCACGUUCGUGAGAACAUUUGUAGUGAUUGUUGACAGAUUCACGAUCCGACAAUUGUGAUCGUCAAUUGUGUGAGUGCCCUGUGUAACACGUACAGCGAUGUGAUUAAUCAAACGAGUUUGUGGGCAAAGCGUUUUAUCUUGGCGGCUCAAAAUUCGAUACGGAACAAUUAAGGAAAUUGACAGUUUUCCGUCUUUUAUUCGCACGAAUGUUUGUGCGCUGAUUCUCAAUUUCUCCCCUCGUAAUAAUUUAUGUUGUAUAUCGCGUAUCGAGGAAUGAAUCACAUGUUUGUCACUGAUGAUCAAAUGAUAUUCCGAUUAUGCGUUAGAUUAUACAGGUGUGACAAUGACGGACAGGCGAUAGGUCGAUUCUACCGUAUCGGAGAGAUUGGAAACUCCGGCCGGUUCGUAAGAGGACGAAGAGAGAAUUAGAAAGCGCUUCGAAACGUCGUGUACACGUUAAGUGACCGAGAUGUACUUGUCACAUCUAGUACGAAAGAUAAUCUGCAAGCAAGAACUGACGUGCUUGCGAUUCCUGCGUUGGACCGUUCUGGUGCCGCUCGUAAUUUAUAUCUCGCUUCUAUUUGUCAAAUACAACAAAAGCGUACCUCUGAAAAGUCUACCAACACCGAACGACAAGGAUAAAGAAAGUUCCAUGAUGGAGAAUUUGUUUUUGGAAUUGGAAUCCGUGACGGUUGAUAAAAAGGACUUGACGAAGUACAAAGAUAUCGGAAGCGAUCGUCGGGACGAGGAGAGCAUACGGGAAGUCGUGGAGGCGGAAAAUCGCGAAAAUCCUAGAGACCUUCUGGAAGACAUUUUCCGGAAAGCCGACAUGGACGAGAAUCAAUUGUUGGAUAUCCAGGAAUUGGCGAAGUGGAUUCACGCUAAGAUCACUGAGCAUAUAACGCGCGCAAUGCAGGAGAACGUCGGGCUGUUCACCGCCAUCGACAACAAUCCUAGAAAUGGUGAGGUGUCGUGGGAAGAAUAUCACGCUUAUUUUCUGAGAUCUCAUGGUUUCUCAGAGACUUAUAUAAAUUCUCAUGACAAGAAACACAAUGAAAUGUCGCGGACGUUGAAAGAAAGUAUAAUGAGAGAUAGAGCACGAUGGGCCGAGGCGGCCCGAAACGAUCCAGAUAGAUUGGCAUUGGAUGAAUUUCUGGCUUUCACACAUCCCGAGAGCAGCCAUAGAGCUCUCCUACAAAUGGUGGAGGAUCUCUUUGAAAAAUUCGAUCGAGACGGUGACGAGCAAUUAACGGAAGACGAGUUCUCGGAUUUGCCCUCGGAGGGAGUUGGCCUGGAUUUACGUGAAGACCGACAGCAGUCAAUAGGAGGCAGCGAAGACAGGCGUAAAGAGUUUCGACAUUUGAUCGAUAAGAACAAGAAUGGCAAAGCAGAUCGAACCGAACUUCUGAUGUACAUCGAUCCACGAAAUCCCAGACAUGCCAUUCAAGAGGCUCAACACUUAAUCAGUUUGUCAGACAUUAAUUUCGACGGAAAGCUGGAUCUGCCGGAAAUUCUCAGUAAGAUGGACCUAUUUCUUGAUAGUAAGAUGGUAGACACCGAGAAAAGUUUCCAUGACGAGUUUCGAUAGUUUUCUUAUGAUAACUUCAUAUUAUUAACUAAACUUAUAACCAAACUGAAUAUUUACUAAGUGAAAUAACUUCGAUAUAAAUAUUUUCAAAUGUCCUAGGAGAGAGUUCCUCCGACAUUCGUACUAAAUAGACAAUAUAAUUUAUCGAACCGUGAUCAAUAAGGGAGACCAAAUCAAUUAAUUAAUCGAUUCGCGCAGGGUACUUGCUAGCGAUUUUUAAUGAAAUUUCUUUACAAACGUUGAUCGACCUACCGCACAAACGAAAAAUUGUAGGCUUUUAUAGAACAUAUCUGUGAUAGUCUUUACGACGUAGAAUAUCGUUUAAGUAGACACAACUAUUAUAGUCACGACACGGUGACAGAUUAACGUUACAUUAAUUUACGAUAGAGACAGAAAUGACUUAAUCGGAUCGUUUGCAAGAUUACCAAUAAUUAUUCGCCAAUUGGAUGAUCGAUUGUAAAAUGGAUGAAGGGUUGCAAGUCCGUCCUUUUUCGUAGAAUUUUUAUCGCAAUUUCUUACAAUAUAUGAUCUUUCAUGCGAUAUGUAAAGAAUAACAGCUUAUCUUUUUGUUUGAUAACAAAAUAUUACAUUUAUAUUUUAAGAAAAAGAGACAGGAAUUGAUGUUCCUUUGCAAAGAAUUUUGUACGCUAGCACGUUUUUCUAUAUCAUGUAUACAGCAAUAAAAUCUAUAGA